UACUUAAUUCAAAGAGAAAGAGAAGAGACAAAAAGAGAAAAGAAAAAAAAGUAACAUUUUAUUAAGUCACUAGCUUACUACUACUACCAGUACUACUGCAGCUGUGUACUAACUACAUCAUGCCGCAUCCUCUCUCUGUCCCUCUCCCUCUCCCUCUCCUCAUGAUCCUGACCCUAACCCUAACCCUAACCCUAGGGUCGGGCUCCGGGGCCCCGAGGAUGAAGGUGAGGGUGAAGCUGAGGGCGUCGUACUACCGGCGGACGUGCCCGGGGGCGGAGCGCAUCGUGGCGGAGGCGGUGACGGCGAAGCAGAUCGCGAACCCCAGCACGGCGGCGGGCGCCCUCCGCGUCUUCUUCCACGACUGCUUCGCCGGCGGCUGCGACGCCUCCCUCCUCAUCUCCCCCGACUCCGGCCCCGGCUCCGGCUCCUCCGCCGCCGCGGAGCGCGACGCCGAGAUCAACCGGUCGCUCCCGGGCGACGCCUUCGACGCGGUGGCGCGCGCGAAGGCGGCGCUGGAGCAGGCCUGCCCCGGGGCCGUGUCGUGCGCCGACGUGCUCGCCCUCGCCGCGCGCCACCUCGUCUCCAUGCUCGGCGGGCCCUUCUACCCCCUCCGCCUCGGCCGCCGCGACGCCCUCUUCUCCCCCGCCCCCUCCUCCGCCCACGUCGCCCCCGACCUCCCCCGCACCAACAUGACCGCCCCCCAACUCAUCGCCCUCUUCGCCUCCAAGGGCUUCACGGUCCAGGAAAUGGUUGCCCUCGCUGGUGCCCACACCGUCGGCUUCUCCCACUGCAAGGAGUUUGCUGGCCGGAUCUACAACUUUGAAAACCGCGGCCCGAAUGCUUUCGACCCGGCGCUGAACCCGCGCUUUGCGCAGGGGCUGCAGAGAGCAUGCGCAAGCUACUUGAAGGAUCCAACCAUCUCCACCUUCAACGACGUGAUGACGCCAGGGAAGUUCGACAACCUGUACUUCCAGAACCUGCCGCGGGGGCUGGGGCUUCUGGCGUCGGACGCGGCGCUCUUUGUCGACACCCGAACGAGGCCGUUCGUCGAGCGGUACGCGGCGAACCAGACCGCGUUCUUCGAGGACUUUGCGCUCGCGAUGGAGAAGCUCAGUGCGUACGGGGUGAAGACCGGGCGUGACGGUGAGGUCAGGCGGCGGUGCGACGCGUUCAACGACCAUCCCUAACAAACUGAGAUGCGCAGCGAUGGUGAGAUCGGAUUAUAAUUUCAACCUAGCCGCAAACAAUGGCUAAUAGGAUUUGAGCAGUUUUAAUGAAUCUUAUGUGUCGAUAGUAAAAGUGGCUCCAUUAAUAUAUCUUCUCCUGAGUGAAUCUUUGCAUGUUGUUAUAAUUAAUUAUUCCUUUCUAGUGUUUGUAAGUGGUGGUGUUCAUUUUGUCUAUGGGUGGUAUCUUCUUGGGGAGGGAUGUGGUUGAGUUGAGAUGAGAAGAAAUGUGGCUGUAUCUUCUUGUUGUCAACACAUUAAGAAAUUUUAUACAUUUGUGUAAGAAUAGGAUUUUUAUACUUUAUUAUUUAUUAUUAUUAUUA